UCUCGUCCCAAUAGCUAACCGCUCUGCAUUCCACGUAGUACCCUGCAGGCUGAAUUUUAUUUCUUGCUUUCCCAUCCACUCUCUCGAUCUCCUUCCUCGUCCAUUUCACCUAAGGUUUCUUUUUCCUCAAAUCUCAACUCCAUUCCUCAAAGGAACUGCUGUAAUCAGUCAUCUGUUUCUACAAAUCUGACAUCUGCGUACGACUUUAUGCAAUUACAUUUACCAUGCAUAAACUCUAAUCUUGGUAUUCAUCAGAUUGGUUAAAGAUUGAAGACAGAGUUUUGUAACGCGGGCUUGCUUGUUUGGUGGAAAUCUUAGAUGCCCAUUUGGUUUUUGAAGUGAUUUUUUGUCGGGGUCAGGGUGAGAUUCCGUUUUUUGAAAUCUUGAGGCUUUUGGAUUGAAAAUGGUAAAGUUAAGGACUUAAUGAAAUCGUAUUAUUUUCAGAAAGACAUGUUAUUGAUCGGAAAACUUGCUGCUUUUUUAUUUCUGUUGGGUGGGCAUUGUCCGAUUUGGUAUGAUUGUGACUCGUUAGUUAAUUGAUGGUUUGUUUAUGGCUGUGAGGUUUUCCUCAGAGUGGUUGGUUGGUAGGGGGGCUUUUGAUGGUAAUCUUGGUUCCUUUGCUGGAAGUUGCUUUAGCGAACUGCAGCUCUCUUGAUAUGUUGUGUUGAGAGGAUGAGUAGUUUUAAUAGAAGUGUUUCCUUUAAACAAAGGGCUGCAAAUGUUGGAAGCCCAAGAUUUAGUAGGAAGACUUCGGGUUCGCGGAUGUUUCGAGCUUUGAUUACUAUUGGAUCGUUGUUUUCAUUCUUUCUGGCCAUUGGUUGUGGAUACGUGUAUGUUUUGCCAAAUCUUACACUUGCUUUCCACAAUAAUGAGUCUAGAUUUUCGCACACCAACAGUUCAACAAGCAUGUGUGAUGUUUUCGAUGGAAAUUGGGUUCUGGAUGAUAGUUAUCCCUUGUACAAUGCUUCAGAGUGUCCUUUUGUAGAACAAGGAUUCAAUUGCUUAGCAAAUGGUCGAACGGAUGACGAUUACCUGAGGUGGGGGUGGAGGCCAAAGAAUUGUGACAUCCCAAGAGUUAAUGUGCAGCGUGCUUUGGAAGCACUCCGAAACAAGAGAGUAGUUUUUGUUGGUGAUUCAAUGAGUAGAACUCAGUGGGAAUCUUUGAUUUGUUUGCUAAUGACUGGUGUUGAAGAUAAGGGAAGUGUUUAUGAAGUCAAUGGAAACAUGAUUACAAAGCAGAUUCGGUUUUUAGGUGUAAGGUUCAGUUCCUUUAAUUUCACUAUCGAGUUUUAUCGAUCAGUUUUCCUUGUGCAACACAACUGGGCACCCAAAAAUGUUCCAAAAAGAGUUAGAUCGAUGCUUAGAUUGGACAAACUGGAUGAUAUCAGUAAAGAAUGGAUCAAUUCAGAUGUGCUAAUUUUUAAUUCUGGUCAGUGGUGGGUUCCAGGGAAGCUCUUUGGCACGGGAUGCUAUUUCCAGGUUGGCGAAUCACUGAAACUUGGAAUGUCAAUUGCCACAGCCUUCAGAACCGCAUUACAAACUUGGGCAUCUUGGGUUGACAGUACUAUCAAUCCAGAGAAAACACGCAUCUUCUUUCGAACUUUUGAACCAUCUCACUGGAGGAAUUUAACUCUGCGACAGUGCAAUGUGACCAAGUUACCUCUUUCAGAAAUUGAGGGAAAAGAUUAUAGUCCUUUCUCAGACACUGUAUUCGAGGUGGUAAAUAAUAUGGUAGUUCCCGUUACUGUUGUUCAUAUAACUCCCAUGUCAGCAUCUCGAAGUGAUGCACAUGUGGGUACCUGGAGCGACCGACCAUCUCUAUCUGACUGUAGCCACUGGUGUCUACCUGGAGUACCCGAUAUCUGGAAUGAAAUAGUCCUUGCAUAUCUGCUUGGUAAUUUUGGAGCUUCUUCUGGAUGAAAGCACAAGCUUAAGACCUGUAAGUUGCGCACGUCCCAUGAGUCAUCAAAUCAUCCUACUCACUAGAGAAAUUUUGAAGUGUUGUCGAGCUAACCGGCUCAGAGUUUGGAGAGAGGUCAUGUGUAUACUACACACAAGACGAAGGUCUUGUCAAGAAAACGAUUUUGACCAUUUAGUGUCGAUUCUUUUGCACCGGGAAACAUAGAGAAAGAAUGUAUCAUUUCUUUGUUGUACUUGAAUCGAAAUUACAUCUGUACUGUUGUAUAAGGUUAUUGAACAUGAAAGUCAAAUUUUGCAAGGGGCAGUUGUUAUCAUGAAGUUCUUGGAGAUGAAUGCAUUGUUAGCUCAAAGAUUUGCAUCCUACUUCGACCUGCCAU